AGCCACCCCAAACUCUCUUUCUUCGAUCCUCCACUCCCACUCCCACUCCCACUCCCACUCCCACUCCCACUCCCCAUUGUAUCCCCAUCGCAUCUCCAUCCCCAUCCCCCCUCUUUGCCAUUCGAUUUCCUGAUCAUGAUCCUAACAUGAUUUGACGAUCAUGCGUCUUCUCCUCCUUGCCUCCCUCCUCUCUGCGGCAAGCACCAUCUGCAACGCUCAAUACCCACCCGAUGCCUCGUCCACCUUGACCACCAUCCGCUCUCCCGUCGACGGCAACAUCACCAUCUCCUACAAAACACCUCCAAUUGGCACAUGCCAGACGGCUUUUCCCAAGCAGCAGCAGUACACGGGAUGGGUACAUAUUCCAGGCGCAUACGCGACCAAUACCUUCUUCUGGUUCAUCGGUGGUCGUGACCCCACCGAGAAGCUCACCAUAUGGCUGAAUGGCGGGCCAGGGUCGAGCUCCAUGAUCGGUCUGUUCAAUGAGAAUGGUCCUUGCGAGGUGGUUCAGUCGGCUCAGGGCAAGUUUGCGACCAAGGCGAGAGAUUGGGGCUGGGAUCGAGGCUCGAAUAUCCUCUAUAUUGAUCAGGUACGUUCGCUUGCGACUUGGUCAUGUUUUGGUUGCGCAAAUAUCAACUGUACUUGGAGGUCAUGUCAUCGCGCAACGACCGGCGCAGCACAGCGCAUUGUAUUUCCACUACUAUGGAUAGAAACCAGCUAACAAUGACAUUGACAGCCAAAUCAAGUCGGCUUUUCUUACGACACGCCUACGAAUGGCUCCUUGGAUCUGAUGACGUCGAAGCUAUACACUCCUUCUCAAGUCCUUCCAAACUCGCAACCAGCCUCCACAUUCAUGAAUGGCACAUUCAGUUCUCUCAACCGGAACAACACCUCCAACACAACCGAGUUGGCGGGUAUGGCAAUUUGGCAUAUGCUUCAAGGAUUUCUGGGUGCCUUUCCCCAAUACAUGCCGAAUAGCACAUCCGUUGGGGUACAUUUGUUCGCAGAGAGUUACGGAGGGAAAUACGGUCCAGCAUUUGCGACCCUUUGGACGGAACAAAAUCGAAAGAGACUCAAUGGAUCUCUGUCGUUGAACGGCACGAUUGAUAUCAAACUUGCGUCGCUGGGAAUCGUCAACGGGUGUGUCGAUGAUCUGAUACAAGCUCCCUAUUACCCGGCUUUUGCUGUUAACAACACUUUUGGCGUCACGGCCAUCAAUCCUACCCGAGCUGAAUUAGCUUCCGCAAGUUUUUCAUCGAGAGGCGGAUGUCGCGAUCAGAUCAACAAUUGUAGAGCUGCGGUCUUGGCCCAAGAUCCUGAUAAUAACGGAGACGUGGAGAUUGUGAACAAGUUAUGCUCUGCUGCUUACAGUAGUUGUACUGUGAAUGUCAUGGAGCCAUACAUGGACGCUGGGCGCAGUGUCUACGAUAUAUCUCACCUCCUUCCGGACUCAUUUCCGUCCAGCACGUAUCUGGAUUAUUUGAAUACCCCCGAGUUUCUCGCUGCCAUUGGAUCACCGGUCAAUUACACGGAAACGAACUACCAAGUCGUUGAUGCUUUCACGUCUACAGGAGACUAUGAGCGAGAGUCAUUGGUCCCCAGUCUGUCUGCACUGCUCCGCCAAGGCAUCCGCGUUGGUCUUAUGUAUGGGGAUCUGGAUUAUAUUUGCAAUUGGAUGGGCGGGGAAGCCAUUUCUCUAGCUGUCGCCGCACAAACUUCUGCGUCAUACGCCUCUCGUUUUCCAGCUGCUGGAUACGCACCUAUUAUAACAAACGCGACAUACAUUGGUGGGGUUGUUCGACAAUACGGAAACCUGUCAUUCAGUCGCAUCUACGAUGCUGGUCAUACCAUCCCAUCUUCCCAGCCAGAAACGGCAUUUGAAGUCUUCGCCCGAAUCAUCACGGGUACUUCGGUUUCAACCGGGGAAAUCAUCAAUCCAUCUGUUUUCAACACUACGGGUCCUUUAAACACAACCGUCACUGCAAGUUUACCACCAUCACCUGCGGCGACUUGUUUCCUUCGGAAUAUCGGACAGACUUGUAACGAAAAUCAGAGAAACAUGAUAUUAGGCGGAAAGGGUGCUAUUAUCAAUGGCGUUUUGUACAGUGAUUCAGCAGACUGGAGCUCAGCAAUUUCCUCAGCAUCGGCCUCGAAUCCCUCUACGGCCACUGUGUCGGUCACAACGACUCAAGUUUUGACUGGACAAUUCACGGCGACGGCCACACCAAGUCCGACGAAGAAGUCGUCGGGUAUUCCUUCUUUGUCUUUACAAAAUUCGGCCAUUGGGUAUUAUGUCUUGGGAGUUUUGGCGUACUCGUUUUGGUGAAGUAAUGAAGGGUACAUGCAUUUAAAAAAGGGAGAAGAACGUUGAAACCCUGUAUAUCGAAGGGGCAUAAUGCGAUGGACAUACGCCUUUGUGUGAUUAUUAAAAAAAGCAAGUUGCUUUAAAAUACCAUUACGGAAGAACAGAACACAUAAUCAAAGAAUGGAAAGUCGUCGGGAUAUCCAGCCUGGAUUUCUGGCGAGUAAGAGCAUUGAUGGCGCUACUGAGGGUUUUGCUAUCAGGGACAAGAGGAAAAAGACAUGAGUAAUUGUUAGAUCAUGUUGGGAUGGUAAUGCAACGAGUAAAGUAAUAUGCUGGGGGCUUCAGGAAUUUGGUUGUUGUUUUUUCUUGCAUUAUACCCAUUGAUGCUUUUCUUUUUUUUGGCUGGCAGAAUUAGAACGAGCAAGCUUUUUUUCUUUC